AUGUCUGAUUGCGUAAAUAUGCUUGGUUUAUGUCUCCCAACAGAUAUGUGGUUUAACCAGCCAUUGUAUCCGCCACACAAAUAUACAUUAGCUGCCAACAAAUCUUACACUCUCUGGGAAGGACCUGGGAUUUGGGCUUUGAGAGAAAUACUUAAACGCUCAUCACAAAACAGAAGUUGUUUGAGCAUAAAUGAAAAUCUUGUGAGUUCUCCUGGGUAUCAUCCAAUACUCAACACAAUAAGACUAGGAGCUGCAGAUGUUGCUCCGCUUGAUGUUGUUUAUUCUUGGAACCGAUUUCAAUACCUUGACUACAGUUAUCCCUCCAGCUACUCUGAGAUGGUCAUCAUUUCUAAAAAGACGACCUCCAGUAUCUCAGGAAACAUUCUCACUAGCGUUGCUGAUCUUUACAGUAGUAUUUUCUUCUUAAUCAUUCCCAUCCUUCUCAUUCUUCUCUCCUGUCUGGCAAACAAGGUAAAUAAACAUUGCGCCACAAAAAAAACAAAGAAAUAACGGGAAAUUUGACAAUUUAUGUUUA